CCUAGUGUGGGCUAGACCAUGUGAACUCAGCACAAGAUAUGGUCCAAUACUACUUUGCCAAUCAAAUUCUCCUUAAUUCAACAGCGGUGAUCUGGGCAAGAGAACGAACAAGGAGAAAAAAAAAGUAUCAUUUGAAAAGGCUGCGAAUUUUUUUGAAGAUAAUUUCUGCAUUUGACCAUUGGAAUCUUGGUAUGGGGAUCAGCAAAACUGAGAUAAAUCUGAGAAGGUUAAUUGCUGCUGCACCACAACAGCAAAAUCAGGCGAAAUUAGCUCAUUAUGUUGCUACACUGCGCGAAUUGUUGGAACAUCUAACUGAAGAGACCACUCCAGAAGGCUUGCCCAGGGUCUCCAAAGCUAAAGUAAAUGAUUACUCUGAGAAGAUUGAAUCUAUUGCAGCCAAAUUAACUUCACCUAUGGAAAUCUUUGAAGAGACUUCGACUGAGGCAAGCCCUCAAAUAGCUGAAGAACUUAAAGUUGCCUCCCCACCAGGACUUAGGAAGAGACCAGUGCCAUCCUCAUUUGUUGAAGACAAGUCGCACGAUAAUGUUGGACCUGAUUCCUCACCAAUAGUUAAAUUAGAUGCUGCUGCCCACUCACAUAUAGACAAGCACAGAAAGCUUCAAGAAGACUUGACUGAUGAGAUGGUGGGAAUGGCACGACAACUGAAAGAGAGCAGUCUCUUAAUGAGUCAGUCAGUGCAAAAUGCUGAGAAGAUUCUUGAUUCAACCGAGAAGGCAGUUGAGCAUAGCUUGGCAAGCACUAGUCACGCCAAUGUAAGGGCAAUGAGUGUUUUUUCACAGAGCUCAAAGACUUCAUGUUUUACAUGGCUUAUUAUGUUGUUUAUGCUAAUAGUAUUUAUGAUGGUAGUUUUCCUUAUUCGUAUUACUUGAGUUUUUUUUUUUUUUUUUUUUUUUUUUUGGGAUCAAAAAAGGAAGGCGAUAAGAGACACUGUAAACAUACUUCUAAUUAGGGUGACUGUUGGAUAGAGUUUUUGUACAUGUAAUGUAAUUUGUAAGAUCCCUAUCUUAGGGAUAACCACUUCUAUUGAUAUGAUUGACUUUCUGUUACAUGA